UCAGAAACACCAGAAAUCACUUUCAGUAAAGCCCAGAGGGAAGAGAGAGAAUGAGAGAUGCUAAAGCAAGCAGAGAGUGAUGCAAGGCCUCCACCACCAGCAGCAGCAGCUUGCGGCGCUUCUCUCCGCCGCGCUCCCCAAGGACGACUCCUCUUCCGCUUCAAAACCUGACGACGAUGACUCUGCUCGACUCGCCGCCGUCAACUCCCUCCACCGCGCCGUUCUCUACCCUCCGAACUCCCUCCUCGUUACUCACUCCGCCUCUUUCCUCGCCCAGGGCUUCUCUCAGCUCCUCUCCGAUAAAUGUUAUGGGGUGAGACAAGAGGCUGCGGUGGCAUAUGGUGCUCUUUGUGCUGUGGUUUGUUCUAUACCGAUAACGUCAAAUGGAAGGCAGAACCAUGUUAUGCUUGGGGGAUUGGUUGACCGGUUCAUUGGUUGGGCGCUGCCGUUGCUUAGCAAUAUCAGUGCCGGAGAUGGGACUGUGGAGUUGGCAUUGGAUGGCUUGCGGGAGUUUGUUAAUGUUGGAGACGUUGGGGGGAUUGAGAGAUAUGCUUUGUCAAUUCUUAAAGGGUGCCAGGUUCUUCUUGAGGAUGAGAGGACUUCAUUGAGUCUGUUGCAUCGCCUUCUUGGUGUUUUGGCUUUGAUAUCGUUGAAGUUUUCUAGAUACUUUCAGCCUCAUUUUCUUGACAUUGUUGAUCUGCUUCUCGGGUGGGCGUUGGUGCCGGAUCUUGCUGAAACGGAUAGACGGAUUAUAAUGGAUAGUUUCUUGCAGUUUCAGAGUCAUUGGGUUGGUAAUUUGCAGUUUUCUCUGGGAUUGCUUUCGAAGUUUGUAGGUGACAUGGAUGUUUUGAUUCAGGACGUAAGCCAUGGAACCCAACAACAAUUCCGAAGGUUGCUAGCGUUACUUUCAUGCUUUUCAACAGUAUUGCAGUCCACUGCUUCUGGUUUGCUGGAAUUGAAUCGACUUGAACAGAUUACUGAACCCCUUAACAGAAUUAUUCCUCGGUUGUUGGGGUGCUUAUCUAUGGUUGGAAGGAAAUUUGGGUGGUUGGAAUGGAUUGGGGAUUCAUGGAAGUGUUUGACUCUGCUGGCAGAAAUUUUUUGUGAAAGAUUUUCCUCCUUUUAUGCACUUGCUGUUGAUAUUCUAUUUCAAAGCUUGGAAGUGGACAAUAGGAACCAAGCAAUGGGAGCUGGAAGAAUUACCUCCUUCGAAGUUCAUGGAGUGUUAAAAACUAAUCUCCAAUUAUUAUCAUUGCAGAAAUUUGGGCUUCUUCCAAUGUCUGUGCAGAAAUUACUGCAAUUUGAUUCUCCAAUCUCUCAGUUGCGUUUGCAUCCUAAUCACUUGGUAACAGGCAGUUCGGCUGCCACUUAUAUAUUCUUGCUUCAACACGAGAAUAAUGAAGUUGUUGAACAAGCACUGACUUCAUUGACAGAGGAGCUGGAGUUAUUAAAAGGGAUGCUAGAGAAAACCCUGGGCCAGGACGAUGAGGUUCAUGCACGUUUUAUCACAUGUUCAAAACACGAAUUGUUUGCGCUAAUUAAAUUUGAUUUGAAGGUUCUGUUGUCAUGUGUUUUCUUCAGUGGGGGUAAAAAUUAUAGUUUGAUUGGCCAACCAGACAUUGCAACACUGUAUCUUAUGAGGUCAGAAACAUUGAUAAACGUUAUUAUUGAGAAAUUUAAUCCCUUUGACCUUCCUAUUCUGGAAUAUGCAGAUUUGCAAGUCAAUGUUUUGAAGACGUUUGACAGGCUAACAAUAGUUAAAUUCCUAAGUACCUGCUCUUUGUUAUAUCUGAGUAGCAGAAAAUCUUCAGUGGAUGUUACUUCUGGUAAAUUACUAGCUGGUGAGUCUUUGACGAAUGAACAUUUAGAUGUGGUUGUUGAGAAUCUGAGAAAGUACGGUCUGUUUUUUGUGAAAGCUCUUCAUGUCUCUUCGCCUCUUGCAGUAAAAGUAACUGCGCUGGAUUGGGUACAAAGAUUUUGUGAGAAUGUUAUUGCUUUUAAUGAGAAAUCAGACUCAGAAAUUCAUUUCUAUAAAGUGUAUGGUGAUGAUAGGAUUAUUGGUAAUAUGUUUUACUCAAUUUUGGAUGCUGCAUCUGAUAGGGAAACAAAAGUGAGGUCACAUGUUGCAAUAGUAUUGGAGUUGUUACUACAGGCAAGGCUUGUACAUCCUUUUUACUUCAAUUGCAUGGCUGAAGUGGUGUUGGGAAAACUCGGUGAUCCAGAGAUUGAUAUAAAAAAUACAUUUGUUAGACUUCUUGCUAUAGUUGUACCUACUACAUUGUAUGCAUGUGGUCUUCAUGAUUAUGGUACAUCUCCAUCAUCUAGGGCUGGUGCUGUUCAGGUAGGCAACAGUUCUAACCUGCAGUGGAAGCAAGUGUUUUCCUUGAAACAGCUCCCGCAGCAACUUCACUCGCAACAACUAGUGACCAUAUUGAGUUACAUAUCCCAAAGAUGGAAGGUGCCUCUUGCUUCUUGGAUCCAACGGCUUAUUCAUAGUUGUCGAAGUUCAAAAGACCUUGUUGCAGGUCAGCUCGAGGAAACAGGAAAUGUUGCUAAUGGUGUGUGGUUGGACAUCAAAGUGGAUGAUGAUUUUCUUGAAAAACAUUGCUCAGUCAAUACCCUGGCCGGUGCUUGGUGGGCUAUCCAAGAAACUGCUAGAUAUUGUAUCUCCACACGGCUUCGGACUAACCUUGGUGGGCCAACCCAGACUUUUGCAGCAUUAGAGCGAAUGCUUUUGGAUGCUGCACACCUAUUACAGUAUGAUAGUGAGCAGACUGAUGGGAACUUGAGCAUGAUAGGGUCUUCUGGUGCUCAUUUGCUACCAAUGAGGUUACUAAUUGAUUUUGUAGAGGCUCUAAAGAAAAAUGUAUACAAUGCAUAUGAGGGGUCUGCUGUUUUACCAUCUGCUGCUCGAUCAAGCUCCCUAUUUUUUCGAGCUAACAAGAAAGUAUGUGAGGAGUGGUUCUCCCGUAUAUGUGAGCCAAUGAUGAACGCUGGUUUAGCUCUACAAUGCCAUGAUGCUACGAUUCACUACUGUUCGCUGCGUUUACAGGAGCUCAGGAAUUCUGUAGCUUCAGCUUUAAAUGACAACUCUAGGGUACAAGUAACCGAGCACCUCCAUAAUAUCAAGGGUAGAUUUUCUGCAGACAUAUUGAGGAUUUUACGGCACAUGGCGUUGGCUUUCUGUAAGAAUCAUGAAUCUGAGGCUUUAAUUGGACUGGAAAAAUGGGUAUUGCUGAUGUUCUCUUCCUUUCUUGUAGAGGACAACCAGUCUUGUAACAGUAGGGUAUCUGGGCCAAUUACAUGGGUUACUGGGCUAGUAUAUCAGGCAGAAGGUAAAUAUGAAAAGGCUGCUGCUCACUUUACUCACUUGCUACAGACUGAGGAGUCACUGAGUUCCUUGGGUUCUGAUGGUGUGCAGUUUGUUAUUGCACGCAUCAUUGAGUGUUAUACUUCUGUUUGUGAUUGGAAUUCAUUAGAAUCUUGGUUACUGGAGUUGCAAACACUUCGAGCCAAGCAUGCGGGGAAGAGUUACUGUGGUGCACUAACAACUACUGGUAAUGAAAUUAAUGCAAUUCAUGCCCUGGCACAGUAUGAUGUGGGUGAAUGUCAGGCAGCAUGGGCAUGCCUUGGUUUGACCCCUAAAAGUAGCAGCGAGCUCGCACUUGAUCCCAAAUUGGCCUUGCAAAGAAGUGAGCAGAUGCUUUUACAGGCUAUGCUAUUUCAUAAUGAGGAAAAGGUAGAUAAGGUGCCACAUGAAUUAGUGAAGGCCAGAUCGAUGCUAGAGGAAACAUUGUCUGUUCUGCCACUGGAUGGGUUAGAAGAGGCAGCUGCAUAUGCUACUCAGUCCCACUGCAUCUUUGCAUUUGAGGAAUUUUACAUGAUUAAAAGUAGCCAGGAUAAGCCCAGGCCUUUUCAAUCCGUGUUAAGCUCAUAUGUGCAGCCAGAAAUAGGCAGAGUUCAUCAAGACUGUGACCCUUGGUUAAAAGUUCUUCGUGUUUAUCGAACCAUUUCUCCUGUUUCUCCUGCUACUCUAAAGCUCUGUAUGAACUUGUUGAUUUUGGCCCGUAAAAGAAGAAACUUACUAUUGGCAAAUCGCUUAAACAGCUAUCUCAAAGAUAAUCUAUUGAGCUGCUCUGAAGAAAGAAACCGGGAGUUUCUCAUCUCAAAUCUUCAAUAUGAGGGUAUCCUGCUAAUGUAUGCUGAAAACAAUGUGGAGGAUGCUUUGACCAACCUGUGGUCUUUUGUAAGUCCUAUCAUGGUUUCUUCACUGUCUAUGAAAUUUGAUGCUGACAAUAGUAUUCUGAAAGCCAAGGCAUGCUUGAAACUCUCAAAAUGGCUUAAAAAGAAGUAUACAGAUUUCAAGCUCGAUGAAAUUGUUGUUAAGAUGCGAUCAGAUUUUGAAAUGGCUAAUUCUUCAUCUCCCAGCAGAGGCAGAUCCUCAUUUGUUGAUGAGGUCAUAAUCUCUAAAGCACCUCUGGGUCCUAUUGUUGAGGAACUUGUUGGUACAGCUACAAAGUUGUCCACUCAUCUAUGCCCUACUAUGGGUAAGUCCUGGAUUUCUUAUGCCUCUUGGUGUUUCAGACAAGCCAGACAAUCUCUUUUAACCCCACAUGAAAAUACUCUUUGCUCAUGCUCAUUUUCCCCAUACCUUGUUCAUGAAGUUUUACCUGAGAGAUUCAAGCUAACUGAAGAUGAGGUCAGAAAAGUGGAAUCUUUGAUUUUAGCACAUUUCCAAAAUAAGGAUGAUGCAGAUUUCACUGCUGAACAGGGAGUUGAUUCUGCUGGGAAUGACAACAUUGUGAUGGCAUUAAAGUUGCAAGUGGUGAAUAUUAUUGAAACUGUUUCUGGGGCACCUGGUGUUGAAGACUCAAGUGAAGAUUGCCUUUCUGCUGCUCUAGUUUCUCAGUUGAAGACAUGCUUCCUUCAAGCCAAUAUUGGCGUGAAUGAAACCAACAUUUUUCCCGUAAUCAAUGAGUUAGAAUCCAUGUGGUGGUCCUUGAGGAGGAGGAGAGUGUCCCUCUUUGGCCAUGCAGCUCAAGGAUAUAUACAGUAUCUUUCAUAUUCAUCUGCCAAAAUUAGCAAUAGUGGUUUGGCUGACUCUAGUUCUGAGCCUCUGAAACAAAAAACUGGCAGCUAUACGCUGAGGGCCACUUUGUACGUCCUGCAUAUUCUUCUCAAUUAUGGAGCUGAGUUGAAAGAUACACUUGAACCUGUUCUUUCAACAGUUCCUUUGUCACCAUGGCAGGAGGUUACCCCCCAAUUAUUUGCUCGGUUAAGUUCUCAUCCUGAGCAAGUGGUACGAAAGCAGUUAGAGGGUUUAUUAAUGAUGCUGGCCAAACAAUCUCCUUGGUCCAUAGUGUACCCAACAUUAGUUGAUGUGAAUGCUUACGAAGAGAAGCCUUCAGAGGAGCUCCAACACAUACUUGGUUGUUUGAGUGAACUAUACCCAAGAUUGAUUCAGGAUGUGCAGCUCGUGAUAAAUGAGCUAGGGAAUGUAACUGUUCUUUGGGAGGAGCUAUGGCUCAGCACACUCCAAGAUCUGCACACAGAUGUGACGAGGCGAAUAAAUGUACUGAAGGAGGAAGCUGCACGAAUUGCAGAAAAUAUUACUCUUAGCCAGAGUGAGAAGAACAAGAUAAAUGCUGCUAAAUACUCAGCUAUGAUGGCUCCUAUUGUUGUGGCCUUAGAACGUCGUCUAUCUUCUACAUCACGGAAACCUGAAACACCUCAUGAGGUAUGGUUCCAUGAGGAGUAUAAAGAUCGUUUGAAAUCAGCCAUCAUAGCCUUCAAGAUGCCUCCAGCAUCUGCUACAGCACUUGGAGAUGCAUGGCGUCCAUUUGAUACCAUUGCUUCCUCCUUAGCAUCUUAUCAAAGGAAGUCAUCAAUUUGUUUAAAAGAAGUUGCACCACAAUUGGCUCUACUGUCAUCAUCUGAUGUUCCAAUGCCAGGUCUUGAAAAGCAAGAUACAGUCUCUGAACCUGACAGAGGAUUAAGUGCUGAUCUCCAAGGAAUUGUUACCAUUGCUUCGUUCUCUGAGGAUGUGGCUAUCAUAUCAACCAAGACUAAGCCUAAGAAACUUGCCAUUCUUGGGUCUGAUGGUCAAAAAUACACAUAUCUUUUGAAAGGCCGGGAAGACCUGCGGCUUGAUGCCAGAAUCAUGCAACUUUUGCAAGCUAUAAACGGUUUCCUGCAUUCCUCAGUGGCAACUCAUAGUCACUUUCUUGGUGUCCGCUAUUAUUCUGUGACUCCAAUUAGUGGCCGGGCUGGUCUUAUCCAGUGGGUGGGUAAUGUGAUUAGUAUUUACAGUGUCUUUAAGUCUUGGCAAACCCGCAUCCAACUGGCACAGCUCUCAGCAGUAAGUGGUGGUAAUUCAAAAGGCUCUGCUCCUCCAGCUAUUCCCCGACCUAGUGAUAUGUUUUAUGGUAAAAUCAUUCCAGCACUGAAAGAGAAAGGGAUAAGGAGAGUAAUUUCACGAAGAGACUGGCCUCAUGAGGUGAAGCGUAAAGUUCUUAUGGAUCUUAUGAAGGAGACUCCUAGACAGCUUCUCUAUCAAGAACUUUGGUGUGCUAGUGAAGGAUUCAAAUCCUUCAGUUCGAAACAGAAAAGGUUUUCUGGAAGUGUUGCUGCCAUGAGCAUGGUGGGCCACAUUCUUGGCCUUGGGGAUAGACACUUGGAUAAUAUCCUCAUGGAUUUUUGUAGUGGUGAUAUGGUACAUAUCGAUUACAAUGUUUGUUUUGAUAAAGGGCAGAGAUUAAAAAUUCCGGAAAUCGUACCCUUCCGCCUUACACAGACCAUUGAAGCAGCAUUAGGGAUGACUGGAGUAGAAGGUACCUUUAGGUCAAACUGUGAAUCAGUCAUUGGUGUUUUGAAGAAGAACAAAGACGUACUUUUGAUGUUAAUGGAAGUGUUUGUUUGGGACCCCCUGGUGGAAUGGACACGAGGAGAUUUUCAUGAUGACGCUGCAAUUGGCGGUGAAGAAAGAAAGGGCAUGGAGUUGGCUGUCAGUCUGAGUUUAUUCGCAUCUCGUGUGCAGGAAAUACGUGUCCCGUUACAGGAACAUCAUGAUCUUUUACUGUCUACUUUACCAGCUGUUGAAUCUGCUCUUGAGAGGUUUGCCGAUGUUCUAAGCCAGUAUGAACUUGCAUCUACACUCUUCUAUCGAGCUGAUCAAGAGAGAUCUAACCUAAUUUUGCACGAGACAACUGCGAAGUCAAUUGUUUCUGACGCAACUGUCAAUUUAGAAAAAACUCGUGCCUUGUUUGAAGUUCAGGCUCGAGAAUUUGCGCAAGCGAAGGCCUUGGUAGCUGAGAAAUCUCAAGAGGCAGCAACCUGGAUGGAACAACACGGAAGGAUCCUUGAUGCUUUACGUAGCAAUUUAAUUCAAGAAGUAAGUGCCUUCUUAAAGCUUAGUAGCAUGCAGGAUAAUUUGUCUCUGACAUCUGCAGUGCUGGUGGCUGGGGUUCCACUGACCAUUGUUCCUGAGCCUACACAAGCACAGUGCUACGAUAUAGAUAGGGAGGUUGCUCAGCUAGUCUCUGAAUUAGAUGAUGGACUCUCUUCUGCCACAGCCGCUCUUGAAGUAUAUUCUUUGGCUUUGCAAAGAAUUUUGCCAUUAAAUUACACUACAACAAGUGCAGUUAAUGGUUGGUCGCAGAUUUUGCAGUUAUCUGUUGGGGCUCUUUCCUCUGAUAUUCUCUCUCUUGCUAGAAUACAGGGUUCUGAUCUUAUUUCCAAAGGGCAUGGAGAGAAUUUUGAUUCUAUCAAACACAUUCAUGAUAAUCUGUGCCGUAGAGUGGAGAAUUAUUCCCGAGAGAUAGAAGAGCUUGAACAGGAGUGUGCUGAGCUAGUGCACUCUAUUGGCUCUGAGACCGAAUCACAGGCAAAGGAUCGACUUUUUUCUGCUUUUAUGAAAUACAUGCAAUCUGCCGGUAUUGCAAAGGAAGAAGAUGCUAUUUUGUCCGUCCAAUUUGGGCAAUCAAAGUAUGAUGUGAAUGAUACAAAAGGUGCUAGAUUGCAAGGGGAGCUGAGUGAGAAAAAGGAGAAAGUCUUAUAUGUCUUAAAUACAGCUGCGAGUUAUCUGUAUAAUGAGGUAAAGCUCAAGGUGCUCAAUAUAUUCAGUCACUCAACUGUACAAAGAACUGCUACAAAUCAGAUUCAUUACGAAUUUGAAACUAUUUUCUCUGGAUUUGAAGAGCAAGUUGAGAAGUGUAUACUUUUAGCAGGGCUUCUUUACGAGUUACAGCAAUUAAUUGAUAGAGAUGUUCUUACUGCUGACACAGAGGGCCAUCCAGGCUAUGGUUCUGAUCGAAAUUGGGCUGCCAUUUUUAAAACCAGUUUACUAUCCUUCAAGAGCUUGAUUGGGCAAAUGACCGAAGCUGUUCUUCCAGAUGUAAUAAGAUCUGCGGUUUCACUGAAUCCAGAAGUCAUGGAUGCAUUUGGAGUGAUCUCCCAGAUUCGGGGUUCAAUUGAUACGAUACUCGAGCAAUUUAUUGAGGUAGAGAUGGAGAGGGCAUCUUUAGUUGAAUUGGAACAGAACUACUUUUUUAGGGUUGGCCUCAUUACUGAGCAGCAGUUGGUUCUUGAAGAAGCUGCUAUGAAAGGUAGGGAUCAUCUCUCAUGGGAAGAGGCAGAGGAGCUGGCCUCCCAAGAAGAAGCUUGUAGGGCACAGCUAGACCAACUCCACCAAACUUGGAACCAGAGAGAUUUGCGCACUUCUGCCCUCAUGAGAAGAGAAUCUGAUAUAAAGAAUGCCCUGACUACUUCUGCACAUCAUUUUCAGUCUCUAGUUGGUGCCAAAGAUGAAAGAGAACUGCAUGCCUCAAAAAGCAAGGUGCUACUGACCCUGCUUGUUCAGCCCUUUUCUGAGUUGGAAGCAAUUGAUAAGUUAUUGUCAUCAAUUGGAGGCUCUAAUACUUCACACUCAAAUGAGGUUCCUAAUUUAAGAGAUUUAUUGACUACAGGGUAUCCAAUAUCUGAAUACGUUUGGAAGCUUGGCAGUGUAUUAAAUCCGCAUUCUUUCUUUGUUUGGAAAAUUGGUGUCCUUGAUUCUUUUCUUGAUUCAUGUAUGAAUGAUGUAGCUUCAUAUAUGGAUCAAACUUUAGCAUUUGACCAGCUCUUCAAUGUUGUUAAGAGAAAGCUUGAAAUGCAGCUUCAAGUACAUUUUUGUAGAUACCUGAAAGAACGAGUUGGUCCUAGUUUAUUGGCUAGCUUAGAUAAAGAAAUUGAGCAUCUCAAGCAACUGACUCACGGUACAAAGGAGGUUGCUCUUGAUAUUGUAAAGAAAGACGUUGGGGCCCUGGAAAAAGUUCAACUUAUGCUCGAGGAAUUCUGCAAUGCACAUGAAACUGCCAGAGCAGCAAAGGUAGCAGUAUCUGUUAUGAAAAGGCAGGUGAACGAAUUCAGAGAAGCUCUAUGCAAGACUGGCCUGGAGAUUGCUCAGAUGGAAUGGAUGCAUGAUGCUACUUUGAUUCCUUCAUAUAGUAGUAGGGUCAUGUUUCAUAGAUUUCUUGGUGGUGAUGAUAGCUUGCAUCCUAUUCUCUUGAACCUUAGCAGACCUAAUAUGCUGGAAAGCUUACAGACUUCUGUGUCGAAGAUAGCCAGGUCUAUAGAGUCGCUCCAAGCAUGUGAACGAAGUUCCCUUACAGCCGAAGGGCAGCUUGAGAGAGCAAUGGGGUGGGCCUGUGGUGGCCCAAAUACCAGUGCAGCUGGAAAUGGCUCAAGCAAAACUUCUGGAAUUCCUCCUGAGUUUCAUGACCAUCUCACAAAGCGACGACAACUGCUGUGGCAAGCUAAAGAAAAGGCAUCAGAUAUUGUAAAGAUUUGUAUGUCUGUAUUGGAGUUUGAGGCAUCACGAGAUGGCCUUUUCCAGUCUCCAGGAGAGAUCUACCCAACCAGGACUGGUGGUGAUGGUAGGACAUGGCAGCAAGGUUACUUAAAUGCGCUAAAAAGAUUGGACAUCACUUACCACUCUUUUGCUCGCACUGAACAAGAAUGGAAGCUUGCACAAAGCACAAUGGAAACUGCUUCCAGUGGAUUGUCUUCUACUACCAAUGAACUUAGUCUUGCAUCUCUGAAAGCAAAGUCAGCUUCAGGUGAUUUACAAAGCACGGUUCUUGCAAUGAGGGAUUGUGCAUGCGAGGCCAGUGUGGCACUAACGGCAUAUGCUGGUGUGUCAAAUCGUCAUUCUACUUUGACUUCUGAAUGCGGUUUCAUGCUUGAAGAGGUCCUUGCAAUAACGGAAGAUCUACAUGAUGUUCACAGUCUAGGAAAGGAGGCUGCUGCAGUUCACUGUUCUCUUGUGGAAGACCUUUCAAAGGCAAAUGCAAUUCUUCUUCCACUGGAAACAGUAUUGUCCAAGGAUGUAGCUGCUAUGACUGAUGCAAUAUGUAGGGAAAAAGAGACUAAGAUGGAAAUAUCUCCUAUUCAUGGCCAAGCCAUAUACCAGUCCUAUUCUUUAAAAAUCAGGGAGGCUUGUCAGAUCUUAGAUCCCUUGGUGCCCUCACUUACGUCAUCUGUGAAGGGGCUUUAUUCUAUGUUGACCAGGCUUGCACGAACUGCAAGUCUCCAUGCUGGGAAUCUUCAUAAAGCUCUUGAAGGACUAGGGGAAAGCCAGGAAAUUGAAUCUCCAGUGACUGAUGUAUCAAGGCCAGAUCUUGCUGCUGAUGCUUCUGAGUUUGAUGACAAGGAGACAGAGAAUCUCUCCAUAUCAAAUGGUGAAAGCACCAAAGAUUUCAUUGUCGUUGGACUUCCUUUGGAAGAUAAAGGAUGGUUAUCACCACCAGAUAGUAUAUGCAGUUGUAGUGCAGAUUCUGGCAUUACUUCGGCGGAAUUGAGUCUUCCAGGUAGCAUCAAUGAUCAAGAAGAUAUGAAGCAACUGCUUUUGCUUGGAGCUAGUAGCAGAGAUUCUACAGAUUUUCAAAAUACCACACCUUACUCUCAAGUUGAUAGGCAAGAUAUGUUGAAUUCUCCGCACAGAUCAAAUUAUACAGAAUCUGAUAACAUUCAUAUUGGCUCUCUUAAGUCAACACCUAGUGCCCUACAUGAAUAUCCGUUGGCUCUGGCAUCACAGACUGAUGUCCCUAUCAGUGUCUUUCCGGAUACUUCACAUCCUUUAAAUGAGAAUAGAGAGGUGGUGUUUGGUGGUAAAGAUGAAAUUUCCUCACCAAACAAGGUUAUAAUCAAAGAUGAAACUCGUGACUCUACACAUGUUUCUAGUCGAGCGAGAAGAGGUAAAAACCCUUAUGCGAUGUCAAUCUUAAGACGAGUUGAGAUGAAACUAGAUGGUCGAGAUAUAUCUGAUGACAGAGAGUUUAGUAUCUCCGAACAAGUGGACUAUCUGCUAAAGCAAGCCACUAGUGUAGACAAUCUUUGCAACAUGUACGAAGGUUGGACACCUUGGAUUUGAACUUUUGAAGCUGCUGCCUCUAUAUGUACGCAGUGGAUUAAUCAUGAGUGGGAUUGAUUAAUUCAUUUUUGCCUUGCGAAAUCAGUUAAUUGAAAAUGGAGCCUUUUACACUGGGCAAGGCAUUAAUUGCUUCAGCAAUCCCAUCUCUGUUGGCUUUGUUUCUCCCGAUCAAUUAAAUGAGCCAUGGUGAUUAUUUCGGAACAAAAUUGGCCGUUUGUGUCUAAUAGCUGCAGUUAUUGAUUAUCUGGUUCAUUAGACCUUUGCCCUAUCUACAAUGGCCAGCUGUGUCUUUAGUGAAGGAUAACUCGAAAGUUUUCGAGUGUUACCUGCCUCUAAACUGUGAUGACCUGGUUGAGAUUAUGCAUGUCACGUGAAGCAGUGGAGUCAUUUCUUAUUUGGUGGUUGCUAAGCCUGUCUUCACUGGUUUAUAAAGAUGGACAACUUUUCAGACACCAUUUUGGCGCACUGGCAGGAGAAUGCCAUUUGAAGCAAUUCGAAGAAGCUUUGGGUUUUAACAGCAAGCUAGCCUGAUGUGGCGCAGUUCAACUGCGGUAAAUUUCAGUAAAGAGUAUGUACAGACCACAUGCUAGCCUGCUGCCGCUGCCAACAAGAACUGUGUCACAAGUUUACUACCGAUGUGAGUGUGCAGUCAGCUCAAUUUUGCACAGGUUGUAUUUGGUUUAGAAGAUCAAGAUCUUACGUCACAUGCAGUAUAUUUGGUAUCAAACAUUCAUUAUAAUAAAUCUUAGUUUUGUUACGACAAAGGUCUUCCUUUUUGGUCUGGGACUCUGGUUGUUUGAUACUGGCUGGAAAAAAGUUCAACAUUUUGGCCUUUUUCACUGGUCAGUAUAUCAUUGUGGAUGUUUCUCGCCAUGGCAUGAAAAGUUUAUUUCAUUUUCUCAUGACUGCUGUAAUAAGUUAAAGUUUGUGGCAUUCUUAUCAAAGAGAUCAAUAGCUAAAUAAGUUGUGAUGACAUCUGAGCCAAAUUUAAUUUGGUAUUAAGUUCUGUGAUAUGCCUUAUAAUGUUUUACAUUCAUGUUAAUGUAAACGGAUUUCAGCUACUCCGAUGCUG